CGCUGCAUCCCUCCAGCUCUGGAGCGGGCCUGGGUGGACUGGAAGAAGGCUUCUUGGAGGAGAUUGAAUCCAGAUAGGAAGCUGUUCUUUCUAUGGAAGGAGUAGGAUUAGGUGGGGAAGGGAAAGAGGGCAUUCCAGACCUGGCUAUCAAUCACAUUGAACAGAAGCUUCCAGAAAUGAGCGGAGUGUUGAGGAAGAGGCUGGCCCGCCGCCUGCAGAGGUUUUCUGGCUGGGGUAGGUGGCAGUGAUGCUGACGCUGGCAAGCAAACUGAAGCGGGACGACGGUCUCAAAGGGUCCCGGCCGCCAGCCGCAGCCUCUGACUCGACGCGGAGGGUAUCUGUGAGGGACAGGCUGCUCGUCAAAGAGGUUGCAGAGCUUGAAGCUAACUUACCUUAUCUCCUCACCACGCUUGGCCUCCCGCUCAGACACACACAGACCGUGUGCAGGCUGGCUCAGCAGGCAGGUACAUGUAAAGUGCAUUUUCCUGAUCCAAACAAGCUUCAUUGCUUUCAGCUAACUGUAACCCCAGAUGAGGGUUACUACCAGGGUGGAAAAUUUCAGUUUGAAACUGAAGUUCCUGAUGCCUACAACAUGGUGCCCCCCAAAGUGAAAUGCUUGACCAGGAUCUGGCACCCCAACAUCACAGAGACAGGCGAAAUAUGUCUGAGUUUACUGAGAGAACAUUCGAUUGACGGCACUGGCUGGGCUCCCACGCGGACGUUAAAGGAUGUUGUUUGGGGAUUGAACUCUUUGUUUACUGAUCUUCUGAAUUUUGAUGACCCACUGAAUAUUGAAGCUGCAGAACAUCACUUGAGGGACAAGGAGGACUUCCGGAACAAAGUGGAAGACUACAUCAAGCAUUAUGCCAGAUGAUAGAGGGGAGACUGCAGGGCGCGGACCGUGCGUCGGAAGGGUGUCCAGCCCCCCCAGAGGGCGCCUCCACCCCGGCCCUCGGCCCCCUCAGCCCGCUGGGCCGUCGGAGGAGGAGCCGCCUCUUCACGACCGCCCAUUGUAGUCGGGAUUCCACAUAAACAGCAAGAAAAUGUGUCUGGGCUCUAAAGAGUUGUCUGCUUCCCUUAACGCGCUUACUUUGUUGAAACUGUGCUGUACAGGCUGUUGAGAUCCGUGAGAAGUUAUAAUGAACUCAGAAUUGGAGCUAGAGUUUGCUUCUGCCCCUUGUCCCCCCAAAUCACUUCCCUGCACUCGUGAUGCAAUGACGUGCUCCGUGCAGCUCGCCGAUUGGCGAGAAGAAGCCCGCGACGAACCGUGAUUGGACGCAGACUCCCAGCUCCGCCCACGGUUGGUGGUCCUGCCUCGGUGUCGUGAAGCUUCCGGAAUGCAGUCGUUCACUGUAGAUCUCUUACUGAAACGCAUAUUUUAUUUAAUGUAAGUAUAUUUUGGAACAGAUUUGUAAUUUGUACAAUUUAAUGCUUUAAUUAUUUUUUUCCUAUUCUCAUUUAGUUUGUAUCUUCAUUGUAUAGAGCAGACAGAAAGAUACUGGGUCAAGCAACUAUUGAAGAGAAAUACAAAGAAAAUAUGAAAGACA